CUCGAUUCCGCCAUGUUGGGUGAUUGAUUCAUCGUCGCGCGUCCAUGUUUCGUCGAGAUCGUUUCGCGUGAGAACUUUUCUCACCGACGAACGCUUCCGCCGUUGCAUUUCUGAAAUAACGAAGAUUCGUGUAUUUGCACACUUCCUCCGUUCUCGGCGAAUACAAGUUUUGCUUAGCUGGAGGAUUCCUGAGACUCCGGGCACUCGCCGUGAGUUGAGAUCCACGUACCAACGAUAUCUUGGGGUCAACCGAAUCGUCAUUAGAAGCUUGCCAAGAUGAUGUACACGGGGACUACUGCCUCGCAGGACACUCGGUUCAGCGAUAAGGAGAAGAAACUGCUCAAGCAGAUGAAAUUCGGAGACUCGCUUACUCAAAAAGUUGAUAUGAGUAAGGUUAAGCUUGAUGUUCUUAAACCAUGGAUUACAACGAAGAUCACCCAGUUUCUUGGUAUGGAAGACGACGUUGUGGUAGAGUUUGUCUAUAAUCAACUGGAAGAAAAGUUUCCCGAUCCCCGAAAGAUGCAGAUUAAUCUGACAGGGUUUCUAAAUGGCCGCAAUGCUCGUUCUUUCAUGGGGGAAUUGUGGGACCUCCUCGUCUCGGCACAAGAGAGUGUCACGGGUAUACCCGAAGCCUUCUUGCAGCAGAAGAAGGAUCAAAUCAAGAAACGCCUGGAAGAGCAAGAGAAACUCCAAGCGUCCUUAGCGGAAAAAGAAAAGGAAAAGGAGAGGGAGAAAGAAAAGGAUGAUGCCGAGGUCAAGCUGAAAAAAGAGGAGAAGGAACGUAGUUCAUCGAAAGAGCAUAGAAGGGAUCGGAGUAGAGACCGCGAUAGGGACAGAAGUAAGAGAAGCAGGUCCAGAGACCGGCAUAGGGAUCGCGAUCGAUCCAGUCGCAGUAAGCGGAAAUCCACCUCGAAGUCUCCGAGCAAGUUAACAACGGCGACUUCAACGGCAAAGGACAACGGGAAGGAGAUGCCGGAGGUCAAGGUUGAACGCGAGGAUUCGCCCCAGCCCGAGAAUGCGAUUCCGCUGAUGCCAAUUAAGACGAAGCCGGAAGCAGCCGUGGCGAUAUCUAGACUUCAAGCGAAGCUAAUGAGUAUAGCGGAUGGUAAAAAGAAGAACAAUCGCUCACCGAGCCCCGAAUCGGCAGACAAAACCGUGAAAAAGUCGCGUUCGAAGUCACCGUCGAGCCACUCUAGGAAGUCGAGAUCGAAGUCGCCUUCGAAGCCGCGGAGAUCCCGAUCCCCGGGCUCGAAGUCUGGUUCGAGGAGGUCUCGCUCAAAAUCUCGAUCCAAAAGAUCGCGCUCUAAGUCCAAGUCAAGGAGAUCCAAGUCCAGAUCGCCGGAUCGUUCAAAAGCAAGAAGAAGCAAGUCGAGAUCACCGAGGUCGAGGAAAUCACGUUCCAAGAGCCCCAGUCGCUCGAAGAAGUCCAGGUCAAAGAGCGCCGACAGGAGGAAAUCGAGGUCCGACAGCAGCGAUUCGGGAUCCUCGAAAUCGAGAUCCAAGUCGCCAGAGAAAAGGAAGGACGACGCGGACUCGGGCAGGAAGCGCGACGCCAGCACGAGCAGCUCCUCGGACACGGACGACGACAAGGGUGGGAAGGAUAAGGGUGACUUCGAGAUCAGGAAAAAGAAGGACGGGGUCCAGGCGAAGAGAUCCUACCGGAAGACGAACAAGGACGACAGCGGAAGCGACAGCGACUCCAGCAGGGAGAGAAAGUCUGCUCCCAAGAGGCGCAGUCCCUCUCCCAGAAAGGAUCGGGACAGGUCCAAGGACCGGGACCGAGACCGAUCUCGUGACAGGAACAGAAGGCGAUCGUCCUUGGACAGGGAGCGGGACAGGAGGAGAGAUCGGGAGCGAGAGCGGGAACGCGAGAGGGAGAGGAUGGACAGAUACGGCGGUAGUCGCGGGAUGCGGCCACCUUCUGUGCGCAGAGCACCCAGCAGACGAAGUGGGAGCAGGAGUCCUCCGCGGAGAAGUCCGCCCUCGAGGUACCGGCGCAGAUCACCGAGCCCUGGCGACCGGCGCAGGAGAAGAUCGCUCGAUCGCAGGCGAAGGUCCUCCGAGAGACGCGAUCGUCGGAGGUCGCCCGAUCGCCGGGACAGCAGACGCUCCCCCGACAGGUCGCACAGGUACGAUCGAUCGUCGUCCCGCGACCGAUCGAGCAGGCGGGAUCGUUCCAGAGAUCGCCGCGAUAAGGAUCGCCGGUCGCGGUCCAAGGAGCGAUCCUCCGUUGACGCGAACCGCGACGACAGGACCAGAGACCAGAAGGACAAACCCAGAGACAAGAGAACCGCCACCGAAGAAAAGACCAAGCGGCCGGGCGACUCGACCGCGCGGAAGGAAUUGCGGAAUGGGAGGUCCAAGUCGAGCAGCUCGGAGAGUAGCGAGAGUAGUUCUUCCAGCGACGAGGAGUCUUCGCCCAGGAAAUCGGCGGAACUUAAGGCAGCUCAGGAGAAGCGAGACCGGGAACACGCUGAAGAGGCAAAGAGGAGAGAACGGGAAAGACUCGCCAAGGAAGAGGCUGCCAAGCGUCAAGUCGAGAAGGAGACGAAGAAGGCCGAGCCAUCCAUUGCCAAAAAGGUUGAGACCGUUUCGGCGUCUCCGAAGAAGCUUCCGCCUACUGCUUUACCUGCUGCUAGACAUAGGUUCUCGAAGAGUCUGUCGCGUACUCCUUCGCCCUUCAAGAAGACCGAAGACAUCGUUGCCGCAGCUAAAGCCAAGCAGCCACCAUUGCAAAAGGAUAGUAAGGAGGAGCCUUCGCCGAAACCUGCAGAAGCAAUUGUAGCUACAGCUGAAGCGUUCCCAUUGAAGAAAGACGAGAGAUCGGCGAAGCCGACUAAGCCUUCGAUUGAAGAGAAGAAACCGGCUCAGAAGAUGGUCGAGGCCGUGAUGUCAAAGAAGAAACCGACCGCAGAAGAGGUGAAGAAAAUGAAGAAGGAGAGGAGAGAUGGAUCUUCGGACUCUGAAGAAAGUGAAAGCGAAGGUAAAAGGAAGCCGAAGAAGGUUGAGAAAUCACGGAAGUCUAGGAAAGCCUCCAGUGACGAUGAUAAAUCGGACAGGAGCAAAAAUGGAUCCUCCUCGGAUUCUGAGGAUGACAAGAAACAUUCAGAGAAAAGUAAGCGAAACAGAGAUUCCAGUCGCGCUGGUGCAGCGGAGGAUCGAGGGAAGGACAGGAAGGAGGUAAAGAAACGGGACGCAGAGUCUGAAACUAGGAAACGUUCUAAAAAGGAUGCAGACGAUGAAACGAGAAAAUCCAAACGGUCUAGGAAGGAUUCUUCCUCAGGGGAAGACGAGAAACCGAAGAAAGUCAGUAGUAAGGACGAUGAGAAGUCGAGAUCAAGGAAGUCGAAGAAGGACUCGAGUUCUGACGACGAACAACCGAAAAAGUCUCGAAAGCGACGAGACAGUUCGUCCGAUGACGAUAGAUCGAAAUCCAGGAAGUCCAGGAAAGAGUCGACCAGCGACGAUGAGGGUAGAUCCAAGGCAAAGAAGUCUAAACGAGAUUCCAGCUCGGAAGAUGACGAAGUUGUCGAAAAAGAUACCAAAAAGAAGAAGAAAGUUGAAGAGAGCAGUGACGAGGAAAAGGUGAAGAAGAAACGCAAGAAGAGAACAAAGACCAGCACCAGCGAAUCAGAGCAGGAGAGCGAAGUGGAGGAAAAGAAAAAGAAGAAGGAGAAGAAACACAAGAAACACAAGAAACACAAAAAGCAUAGGAAGCACAAGAAGAAGAAGGUAGCCGAAUCAGAGGAGUCUGACGCGAGCGAGGGCAAUACCGAGGAGCUAGAAAAGAAGCUUCGGGAGAAGGCACUUAAAUCAAUGAAAAAGGGACACAGCAUCGAGAGAAGCGACUGAGGCUUUUAAUUUUAUGUAAUUCUUCCUUCCUUUUGUGAAUCUGCGAAUAUGCAUUCGCAGGAACUGUACGCUGCGGGAGCGGUACCGCUGGUGUUUAAUCAUUUUAAGGAAGACUACAGCGUAAUGACUGUAUGACCGGAAUUGCCCCUGUUACGGGUCAAUUAUAAACCUACACUAUUUAGCUCCGUUAGGCGAUAUAUACCGCACCUCUUCUCCGUGAAGUAUGAACCUUUACUCUCCCUUUUUCUACUUUGAACUCGCAGCAGUUGAUUUCUUGCGUUGACAAGGAACCUUGCAGUUUCUAUAUCGGAUAAGACAGAAGGCGCGUCUUGAUGCGUGAUAUAAACUAUAUUUAAAGUGGAAAUAGCGCCUUCGCAUGGACGAUUCUACUGGGAUUGUUUGACGCGAAUAUACCUCGCUCGUUGGUAUCCUAAGACGAACUGCUUCGUCGUGCGAACGGGAGUUGAAAUUUAGGACGACAUAGUUCUAUUCUGUUUACCGACUGUUUUGUACAUUUGGAUACUGGUAAACGAACCUGCGUGUUUCGCAAUGAUAACAGUCCUCUCUUUGGUUUGCGAUUUGUAUUUAGUUUGUAUGUACUGCAGUGUGUUUCUCGAUAGACCACUAGAUAUACUAAGGAAAUAUAUAUGCAUUUGAGAGA